UUCAAACACAGUUUGGGAAUCUGGGGAUUCGAACAGUCUGGUGGAGGCAUUCCCCACUUCCGCGCCUUGCUCCAAACACGUCACUGGAGAGAAUGUCAUAUCCGGAGUGCAUGUACUACGUCUGUAUAUAUAUAUACAACACUCGCCAUCCGCCUUCACUACCACCACAGAGGCAACAGCGGCUCCACCAACACCAGUACUUGUCACAGUCAAGAAAUGGAGACUUCCAAGCUGUACCAGCUCCUCGAUGGACGGGUGGAGGAGAAAAGGGAUUCGGAUGGAAAGGACGGCUUCAAAAUAUACCACAUCCAAUGGGAAGAAACAUUUGAUGCAGAAGGAGGCUUCAGAGUGUUCUCCAUCGGCCAACCCUCUAACCAGCCCACUAAGUGUGUGCUGCUGGUGGGGGUAACAGGAGCAGGAAAGACAACUUUAGUCAGUGGAGUCUUGAACAACUUCCUUGGGGUCAGCUUUGAAGACCCCUUUCGCCUACAAGUGAAAGAGGACACUGGUCGCGAGAUGACUCAGAGCCAGACAGACUUCAUUACUGUCUACACUAUUUACUACAAAGAGGGAAUGAAGCACAAGUACAAUCUGGUGCUCAUUGACUCUCCGGGCCUGGAAGACACAAGAGCAGAAGACCAGCCACGUGACAUAACACACCAAUUUGAAGAGUUUAUAGCGUCAGACCUGGGCGUUGGUGAUUUGCACUGUGUUGGCCUUGUUUGCAAAGCUACGACAAACAGGGAACUCAAAUCUGAAAAGACUUUACUAGAAGAAAUCAUUUCACUGCUGGGAGAAGCUGUCCCUGAAAUCACUCACAUUUUUGCAACCUUUGCUUGUGAUGAGCCUUUAGUUGAGGCUGUUGUGAAGAACGCUGGUGUCAAGUAUAAAAGCAUGUUCCAGUUUGACAACGGCAUGCUUUUCUCUCCAACUAGUGCCAAGUCUGACAAGGAACUAAUCUCUCUGUCUCACAGAUGGGACAAAAUGAGAGAGCAUUAUGAUGCAUGGUUUGGAGCAUUGACUAAUGCUUUUCCUUUGAGUUUGGAACUCAUUAGAGAGAGGAAAUAUUUCGAUACAUGCAAGAAGAACUUGAAGGCACAGAUAGAAAACUUAGCUGCUUCAGUAACAGAGAUGGAAAUGAAUAAGAAUGCUUACACCAAAUAUGAACAGCAAAGAGUUACAAAUAAAGACUGGAAGCAGACGAAACGUGUAGGCCUUCAAGGAAAUCAACGGGCAGUCAACUGUAACUCAUGCCAGAAAACUUGUGUAAUAUAUACACAUACUAACGAUCAUCAAGGUGGAGGUUUUAAUCCAGGUCAGAUGAUUGCACCUAUCGUGGGUGCAGCUGUUUUUCCAGUACCAGUAGUUGGUGCAGUGUUAGGUGGAGUCGCCAGAUCAGUAUUUUCGAGGAAGAAGAGAAGACAACGAAGAUGCCAAGUUCCACAAAUCACUGUUUGUCAACAGAAUGGUUGUUCCCAUCCCAUGCAGCAACAUGCCUUAGAGUCUACGAAAAUACAGACAAACAUUGAUGAAGACAUGAAAAAGCUUUAUGAAGAAGCCAUCUCAAAGACAGAGGAUGCAAAACCUAAAAUUAUCAAAAGUCAAGAGGAAAUCUUGAGCUGCAGCACAACUAUUGCCCAAACCACUGUAGAGUUACUAAAUCAUUCAAAGACAGUAGAGAAGCUGACCAAAGAAAGUUUUCUUUCUAUUGAUGACCUGCGUUCCCAGCUCAGCAAUGAAAUCAGUCUGGGUGAGGCUGACAUCAUUCCUCAAGCAAUAAAGUACAUUGCUAUUGUUACAGAGGCGAUGGCAACACUUGCAUCGCUCACUGCUGAAGAAGUCCUUGGCAAGCAUGAACUUGUUAAGGAAAUGCUACUCAAAGAUUAUGAGGACUUUUUCCCAUAGAACACAGAGACAGCACUGGUCAAAGGAACAGUGUAAUGGAUAGCUACUUGUGUUUGUAUAAUGGCACAUCGCUUCACUUCUCACCAUGCGUAUCCAAGACAAGAAGAGCUGAGUGAUGCCAAAUGACUGUGUAGACUCAGUGUUAAACGUUCAUAGCUUUUGUUAAAUAAGUCCACAAUAUGAGAUGUAAUGCAGACUGUACCCAUACUGUUGUUGUGUUUCUUUGCUUUGUGUUUUGUCUUUCAAGUGUGUGAAACCAGUUUUUGUAUUUAUUUUUAAUACAGUACAUGACACACUAUGGUUAUUUGCUUAUAUAAACGCUCCCUCUUUUUGAGUAACAAGUUUCUGCAGAUA